AUGAAGAGUCUUAUGCCCACAUACACUAUUCCAAAUAUGAGUGUAAAAGAGAUUGUACAAUAUUUAGGAGAUAAUGGAUUUAACAUCCUAGAUAGUGAUAUUCUUUUACCCAACAGCGGGUAUGUUUGCAAGCUUUAUGAAGGUGUGCUUGGGGUGUUUGCCGAGGAAAGAAUAGCCGAAGGUGUAGAAGAAUCAGUCGGAAUUGUGCAGAUCUUUGGACGAAUGCGACAUCUCAUGGAAAGAUUAGGGUUUGGAGUGUUUCAAAUGAAAGAUAUUACUCAGCCAGAAAGUGCGCGUUUGAUUAAGAUCCUUAGUACAGUGAUUAACUUUGGUUUGUUUAAAGAGAGUAAGCGGCAUGUUUACAGUAGUAUCUAUCGGAAACGCGAAGAAAUUGAAGGGGCAGUAGAAGAGUGCGAACAAGAGGCUCGCGAACAGAAAGAAAGGCUUAGAAAGAAGCGCCAGGAAAGAGAUGCAGCUCAGAAACAAAUCAAGAUGUUAGCUAAAGAAGUAGCCAAUCAGGAAAGUGAAAUAGUGAACUUCCAUCGUAAUCAGCAAGCACUAGUCAAUCAAAUAGAAGAGAUAAAACGUGAGCACAGUUCCUUACUAGAAAGAAUCAAUGUUGAGAAGUGCCAGUUAAUUGAAGCCAAACAAGAAGUAUCCCGAUUACAAGCCAAAAUAGUCAAAAACCCCGAACAAUUGAAAGAACUCCUUAUGGGUAUGAAGAUGCAACUUCAUAAUGAAGAAAGUAUUCUCAGGGAGUAUGAAAAGAAGAUAUCACACUUACACAAAAACAUUGGUCAGUUUAAGGUAGCAGUUGAAGAUCUAAAGUCUUUGGUUUGUACAGUAUCUUUAACUGGCGAGUACAAAACUCGGCUAGAUGAUGGCCAGUGUGUUUUGAAGCAGUUGCAAAGUAGCAAUACUAACUUGGAGAUUGAAAACAAUUCAAAGGAAGCGGAGAAGAACUUACUAGACCGAAAGAUAUCUUAUAUCAUUGAGAAAAUGAAUGCCUUAACUCUGGAAGAUACUGCUCGGAUUGAAAGUACGCGCAAGGAAUUUGAAGCCCUACGUGAGAAGCACAGUACGAUUAUUGCCGAAAGAGAGAGUGCCCAAGCUCUUAUUCAGAAGAACAAUCAGUUGAUCAAAGAGUUGGAAAAUGAAAUAGUCAAUGUUGAGGCUAAACACGAGUCUUAUCUUUCCUCUGUGUACACCGAACUCCUACAACAAAAAAGCUUCCUGGCCGGCUACGCCACGGACUUGGACAUGGUCUUCAAAGGUGAGUAUGCCCAGUAA